GAGGGAGAGAGAGGAAGGCGACCGGCUGAGAGGAAGACCGGCGUGAGGCAGUGCGGGGCUCUUGCCCGCCUCCGCGACCUGAACGUAAGGCUUCUUCUCCCUCUGGGUUCCCCCCUCACCCCGCGAGGCCGGAGCGUGGCGAGAGGUUUCCGCCGCCAUGGACAAGAGCGCCGUGGCCAGGAUGGGAGCGGUGGCCAGCGCCAGCGUGUGCGCCCUGGUCGGCGGGGUGGUCCUGGCCCAGUACAUCUUCACCAUAAAGAAGAAGACGGGCAGGAAGACCAAGAUUAUAGAGAUGAUGCCAGAAUUUCAGAAGAAAACGGUCCAUAUCAGGGACCCAGAAAGGGUGGAAGAAAUUAUCUGUGGUCUCAUCAAAGGAGGAGCUGCGAAACUUCAGAUAAUUACAGACUUUGAUAUGACACUGAGUAGAUUUUCCCACAAUGGCAAAAGAUGUCCAACAUGUCAUAACAUCAUUGACAACUGCAAACUUAUAACAGAGGAAUGUCGCAAAAAGUUGUACCAGUUGAAAGAAAUGUAUUAUGCUAUUGAAAUUGAUCCAAGUCUUACAGUUGAAGAGAAGUAUCCUUACAUGGUUGAGUGGUACAACAAAUCACAUGCUUUGCUUAUUGAACAAGGAUUACAAAAGCACAAACUUGCCGAAAUUGUGAGGGAGUCUGAUGUUAUGCUGAAAGAAGGGUAUGAGAAUUUCUUUGAUAAACUCCAUGAACAUAAUAUUCCCGUAUUCAUAUUUUCUGCUGGAAUUGGAGACAUCUUAGAAGAAGUCAUUCAUCAAGCCGGUGUCUACCAUCCCAACGUCAAAGUAGUUUCCAACUUCAUGGAUUUUGAUGAGAAUGGCGUAUUAAAAGGAUUUAAAGGGGAACUGAUUCAUGUUUACAACAAACAUGAUGGCGCCUUGAAAAAUACAGAGUACUUCAAACAAUUAAAGGACAACAGCAACAUCAUAUUGCUUGGAGAUUCUCAAGGAGAUUUAACUAUGGCAGAUGGAGUGGCAAAUGUUGAGCAUAUUCUUAAGAUUGGGUAUCUCAACGAUAAGGUUGAAGAAUUGCUGGAGAAAUAUAUGGACUGCUAUGAUAUUGUGUUGGUGAAAGAUGACUCUUUAGAUGUGGCCAACUCAAUCUUACAAAAGAUUCUGUAAAGAGCAUCAUUGGAAUUUGCUUGUUUUCCUCCUGGUGAAGGCAGUUGGACAAAUCAGCAUGCCUGUGCUAUCUUAGAAUAUCAAUCUUGAUGCUGUUUUGUAUGGGAGUCACUUUAUUUGUAAAGUAAUAUACUGUAUCCAUGAUCUUCUGGACGCUCACCCCCUCCCCCAUCACUUUUAAUGGAACCCCUUAUUUAUUCUAAUGGAUAGGUUGUAUGGAUAACUGGAAAAAAGUUCCUUCAGUUUUAUUCAUGCACAAUAAAGGGAUGUUUUCAGAAUA